AUGGCCAUUGCAACUCGUCCCUUUAUCACCGUCCAUUCCCUCGAUGGUGAUGUUGCCACUGAUUUCAUCGUCACUCUCCCCAUCCCCGAUGUCAUGCAUGACCAUAUACGUCCUGACAUAGUCAACGUCGUCCACUCGAACAUUUGCAAAAAUGACCGCCAACCCUACACCGUCAUAUGUAAAGUCGGUCACCAAACCUCCGCUGAGUCAUGGGGAAUUAAUUGUGUUGUGUCUCGUAUUCCUUGUGUUGCUGGUGGUGGUACUCAUCGUGCAGGUCAAGCUUCUUUCAGAAACAUGUGUUGUGGUGGUCGCAUGUUUUCUCCCACCAGGAUCUGGCGUAAAUGGUACUGGAAGAUUAACGUUAACCAGAAACGUCACGUUGUGGUCUCAUCCAUCACUGCUUCUGCGGUUCCUUCUCAUGUUCUUGCUUGUGGCCAUCAUAUUGAGUCAGUCCCGGAGUUUCCUCUUGUUGUUGGUGAUUCCGCUGAAAGAGUUGAGAAAACCAAGGAAGCAAUCAAGCUUCUGAAUCACAUUGAAGCUUUCCCUGCCGACACCAAGAAAGCAAAGAACAGCCACGGGAUCCGUCCAGAUAAUGGAAAGACAAAAGUUGAAGAAUCUAUUAAUACAUAUCAAAAAGUUGAGAAAUCUACUAAUGUAGAAGAUAAUCCUAAGUCGGAGGUUCAAGCAUAA